AUGUCUAGUAAUCCAAUAGAUCGUUUACGCGCUGGACAAACGGUUGAUAUCCAACGUUCAAACGGCCGCAUUCAUCAGGCUGUUAUAACAUCCGUCAAUCAAGAAGCUAAAAGUGUUACAGUGGAAUGGCAAGAACGUAAUGAAGGAAAAGGAAAAGAGGUUGAUUUAGAUGCGAUUAUACAAUUAAAUCCAAAUUUAUUUUCAAGCACGCCAUCUCAAAUGAAUGGAGGUGGUGGUAGUAGCGAUAAUAAUAACGCGAACGAUCAAGAUCAUCAUUAUACAAAUGGUGGAACAGUUUCAAAUACAAAUCGUCGUACAAAACAACAACAGCCAUCUCCGUCAGAUCAGUACGAUAAUGCUGCGCCGACUCCAUCAGUUCCGACAAAUCAACAACAGCAGCGAAGUCGUCCACAACAACAACUUAAUCGACCAAUUAGUAUAUCGAAUGCAGGUAUGCAAGUAAAUAACGAUGAACAAAAUGAACGAAAUAACCAACGAGGAGUAAAUAAUGCUAUUAUUCCAACACCAGUUAAACAGCAACAACAACAAUUACAACAGCAGCAAAUAUUAGCGCAACAACAACUAGAAGGGAAAUCAAAAGUUGUUAAAGAAAUUGAACGUAUCGCACAAAAACGUGAAGAACGUCGUGCUAAACAAGAUGAACGUCGACAAAAAUUAGCUGAAAUUGAUCAAUCAAUUCCUGCAUGGGAAUUUCAAGCCAUGGUCCAAGAAUAUCGUCAACAAUUAGAUACCAAGUUACUACAAAUGAAUGAGCCACAAAAAGAUCUGAAAAUAUGUGUUUGUGUACGUAAACGGCCAAUAACCAAAAAGGAAUUAGCCAAAAAAGAUAUCGAUGUAUUAACAAUACCAAAUAAAGAUUUAGUGAUUGUUCAUUUACCAAAAGUUAAAGUUGAUUUAACUAAAUAUAUUGACAAUCAAAAAUUUCGUUUUGAUUAUGGUUUUCACGAAACGUGUAACAAUGAAGUGGUUUAUCAUUUCACAGCUCAACCACUUGUACACACAUUAUUUCAAGGCAAUAACCCAAUGGUAUUUGCUUACGGCCAAACGGGCAGUGGAAAAACGUAUACCAUGGGUGGAGAUUUAAGUCAACGUGAUAUUGAUUUUUCGAAAGGCAUUUAUGCAUUAACAGCAAAUGAUAUAUUUCGUAUAUUAAAUACAAAAUAUAAACAACAAUUUGAUGUUUACUGUACGUUUUUUGAAAUUUAUUGUACAAAAGUGUUCGAUUUAUUUAAUGAUAAAAAACGUUUACGUGUAUUAGAAGAUCAUAAGCAACAAGUACAAGUUGUAGGCAAAAAAGAAGAACAUGUUGAAACUGUUGAAGAUGUCAUGCAAUUAAUUCGACGGGGAAUGAGUGUUCGAACUUCGGGAACAACAUCAGCAAAUGAACAUUCAUCACGUUCACAUGCUGUCUUUCAAAUAACGUUAAAGAAGAAAAAUUCAGUAAAAGAAUAUGGAAAAAUAUCAUUAAUCGAUUUAGCUGGUAGUGAACGUGGACGAGAUACACAAACAACUGAUAAAGUGACACUUAUGGAAGGUGCUCAAAUCAACAAAUCAUUAUUAACAUUAAAAGAAUGUAUUCGUUCAUUAGGACGCAAUGCUGAACACGUUCCGUUUCGUGGUUCAACAUUGACAAAAGUAUUACGCGAUUCAUUUAUUGGUGAAAAAUCGAAAGUGUGCAUGAUUGCCAUGGUCUCUCCGGGUAAUAGUGAUGCCGAACAUACAUUAAAUACACUACGUUAUGCUGAUCGUGUUAAAGAAUUAAAUGCAGAUGAAAUUAAAAUACGCAGUAAUGGUGGCGGCGGUGACAUUGAUAACGGAGGUGUAGGCGGUGGUCCACUAUAUGAAGAGGAUGAAAUGGAUGAUGAUGAUGAUAUGGAUGAUUUUGCUGGUUUAACAAUUAGUGCACCUCAACCAACAACCAGACAACAACCUCCAACAACAGUAGCUCCAAAACAAUCAAUAAUGAAACGUCAAACCGGUCAUCAAAUGAAAUCGGAAGCAACAAGAAAAUUUGAAGAUGCUAUUGCUCGAAGUCAGGACAUUGAAGAUCAAACACUAGAAUCUCAUAGUGCUCUAAUCGAUAUGUUACCACAAAUUGUUAGCGAUCAUCAAGGUUUGUUAGAUUUAUCAACAAAUAUGAACUAUGAUAGGGAUAAUUAUGCCAAAUGUUUAAUUGAAUUAAUUGAAGAUCAACAGCAAUAUUUAGCAGAAUUACGAGCAAAAGCAUUGCAGAUGAGAGAAGCUGUAUCAUAUGAAGAUUUAUGUGCGAAAGCUUUGCCGAAAUAA